AUGAAGAAGGAGUUCCCCAGCAUCCUGCAGUUCAUCACCGUCUGUGACUACACCAACCCCUACACAGAGUCCAUGGUUCUGGACCCACCUGUCCUGAUGAUGGCUCUUGGACAUGGGGUACCCGUUAUCACAUGCCGAGCAGCCAUUCUCUGGAAAAUGAAUGCCCCUCUGUCCAUUGAGGAGGUCAAAGUUGAUUCGCCAAACGCUGGUGAGUUUUGGAUUAAGAUUAUAUCAUCUGGACUCUGUGGUACUGAUAUGCACAUUCUGGAAGGGAAAAACGAAGUACAGUUUCCUGUGAUUUUGGGCCACGAGGGAGCUGGAGUUGUAGAGAGUAUUGGAGAAGGUGUAAACAGUGUGAAGCCAGGAGAUAAAGUCCUAAUGUUCCCUCUUCCACAGUGCAGAGAAUGUAGCUCUUGCUUGCAUCCCAAGGGAAACUUGUGCUUGAAGGAAAAUAUGAUAUCUCCAACUGGAUUACUGUUAGAUGGAACCAGCAGAUUUACCUGCAGAGGAAGGAAUAUUUAUAAUCUUUAUGGCACCAGCACAUUCACUGAAUACACCACCGUGGUACAUGAAAUCGCAGUGGGGAAAAUCGAUGAUGCCACUCCUAUGGAUAAAGUCUGUAUCAUGAGCUGUGAGGUGCCUACAGGCUUUGGAGCUGUGUUUAACACAGCAAAGGUCACCCCCGGUUCUACUUGUGUGGUUUUUGGACUUGGAGGAAUUGGCUCAGCCAUUGUCAUUGGCUGCAAAGCCUCUGGCGCCUCUAGGAUCCUCCCGGUUGACAUCAAUGAGAAAAAGUUUCCCCGGGCAAGAGAUUGCCUCAACCCUCAGAACCUUGAGAAGCCUGUCCAGGAGGUGGUGAAAGAAAUGACAGGCAUUGGUGCUGACUUUGCCUUCAAAGCCACUGGGCUUAUUGAUACAAUGGUGUGUGGUCUUGGGGCUCACUUUGGAAUCUAUGGAGUUUGUGUGAGUAUUGGAGCAUCACCCACAAAUUUAAAACUCUCCUUUGACAAAAUGCUGAUUCUCUCUGGGAGAACUCUCAAAGGUGCCAUGAUGGGAGAGUAUAAAACUAGAGAUUCUAUUCCCAAAAUGAUAACUGACUACAUAAACAAAAACAUUAAUGACCCACUUAUAACCCCUAAGUUGCCUUUUGAAAAAAUCAAUGAGGCACUUGAGUUGUUCAAAUAUGAAACUGGCCCACAAGGCCACUACCAUGCAGACCCACCUGAUCAAUACUGGCCAGCCUGCUGGGCCUCCAACCCACAAGCCCUCCAGACCUCCAACACACAGAGUAGCUGGGCUGCCACCCCGCCGACCCACCAGGCAGCCACCCCACAGGUCCACCAGGCAGCCACCCCACAGGCCCACCAGAACACCACCCACUGGCACAGUGGCUGCUGCCUGCCAGAGGAGGGCUGCAACACCACCCAUUGCUGGAUCCAAACCUGCCUACGAGAUGCAGACAAACAUGACUAG